CUGUUUCGUUUGUUUGCUCUCUAGUCUCGCUGAGAACGCUGAAGACGGGAAGACUGAAUAGGUACUUCAGCACAGUACAUACAGAAGCAUCAUGUCCGACUCUGUCUUCAAACUCACAGCCCUCAGAGGGCUCAUGAAAGACCACAACAUUGAUGCCUACAUCGUACCAUCGGAAGACGCUCAUUCGUCGGAGUAUCUUGCUCCCUGCGACGCCCGUCGGGCUUUCCUCACAGACUUUACAGGGUCCGCCGGUUGUGCCAUCGUCACCCACGACAAGGCUUUGUUAUGGACCGACGGGAGGUAUUGGAUACAAGCUGAGAAGCAGCUCGGUCCUGGGUGGAGUCUGAUGAAGAGCGGUGCGCCCGAUGUACCUACGUGGAGUGACUGGCUUGCUACCACACUCGACCCAACCAGCAAGAUCGGUAUCGACCCCACCCUCCUCCCCUUCUCCGAAACAACCACUCUCCAAACAUCUCUCGCCUCUCCCUCUUCUCCUUCUUCCCCAGGAACCAAAACCCCCCGCCUCAUCCCCACCCCAAACCUCAUCGACCCCCUAUUCAGGCCCACCCGCCCGCCCAAGCCCUCCGAACCCAUCUUCCUCCUCCCCGCAACCUACACCGGUGAAUCCCUCGCCUCCAAACUCGCCCGUAUCAGAGUUUACUUGGACCUCGCGGGCAGCCCGGGGGUGGUGUUGAGUGGCUUGGACCAGGUGGCGUGGACCUUGAAUUUGAGGGGGAAUGAUAUACCGUAUAAUCCGGUGUUUUUUGGGUAUGCUGUGAUCACCCCGGGAGCGGCGAGGGUCUUUUUGAACCCUGCUAGUCUUUCGGGAGGAGUGAGAGAUUAUUUGCAAGAAGGUGGGGUGAAGGUGGAAUAUUAUGACAAUAUCUGGACAUCUCUCAACACCUGGCGAGACCUGCUUCAAGCCCAAAGAGCUGAUGGGAGCAAGAAACUUCGGUUGGGAGGGCCUUCUACGGUGACGGGUGCGAAUGGCGAAAAGAUUGAAAAGACAGACAAGGUGUUGAUCGGUACCAAGACGAGCUGGGCUAUCGCCCGUGCGCUUGGGGAGGAGAAUGUGGAAGUGCGACGGAGUAUUGUGGAUGAUUACAAGGCUCAGAAGAAUGCUACGGAGAUCGAAGGGUUUCGCCAAUCCCAUAUCCGAGAUGGCUUCGCCCUCGUCCGAUUCCUUGCUUGGCUUGAAGAAGUGCUCGAGAAUGGAGAAGAGUGGACGGAAUAUGAUGCUGCAACCGUCUUGGAAAACUACAGAAAGGAGAACAAGUGGUUCAUGGGUCUAUCAUUCGAAACCAUCUCGUCCACCGGGGCUAACGCCGCGGUGAUUCAUUAUGCUCCGCCGGAAGAAGGUAGUGCCAUUAUAAGGAAGGAUCAGAUGUAUCUCUGCGACUCUGGCGCGCAGUACCUGGAUGGGACGACGGAUGUUACUCGAACUCUUCAUUUCGGUACCCCGACUGAAGACCAGAAAAUCGCUUUCACGCGGGUUCUCCAAGGACACAUCUCUCUGGACACUGUCGUCUUCCCUGAAGGUACCACAGGCUACAUCCUCGACAUCCUCGCCCGCCGCCCCCUCUGGUCCUCCCACCUCGACUACCGCCACGGCACUUCCCACGGAAUCGGCCACUUCCUCAACGUGCACGAAGGUCCCCAAGGUAUCGGCCAGCGUAUCGCCUACAACGACGUACCCCUGAAGGAGGGGAUGGUGAUCAGUAAUGAGCCGGGGUGUUAUAAAGAGGGGGAGUGGGGGGUGAGGAUUGAAGGGGUUGAUGUUGUUGAGAGUAGGAGGGCGGGAGGGGGCCCGGGGGAGAAAGGGUGGUUGGGGUUGAAGCGGAUUACUAUGUGCCCAAUACAAACUAAACUCGUCAUCGCCGCCCUACUCUCCCCAGACGAGAAAGACUGGCUGAACGCGUAUCAUUCGGAGGUGUAUGCCAAGAUAUCGCCUUUGUGUAAGGAGGUUGGAGAUGAGAGGGCAUUGGUUUGGCUGGAAAAGGAGUGUCGGUUUAUAUGAUGUGCGAGGGAUUUGAUGGGUCGCAUGGUAAGGAAAGGCGGAGCUCGGUGGGCCGAGAUGGUCUUCAGGGUCACCCGAGAGGCUGAAAUGUGGAAGUCAGUAUGCAGAUGCGUGAUUAUCCGCCCGAAGAUGACAGCACAAUUGGCG